AUGUACAGUAUCAGUGGAUGCGAAGUCAAACAGCGACUUGGGUACUUGGAAGUGCUAAACCAAAGAGCACUGAAUUACGGUAUGGCAUUUUUCAACGGGUAUCUGAAUUCACUGGUUUGUUCGAGGAAUGAUCAUUCUGCGUUUUUUGGACUCAUUUUUAUCUAUGCAUUUUGCCAGAACAAAGGAGCGAGAGGAGAAAUUCUGGAAGCUGUACAAUUCACAUCAGAUGCCCUUGGUUCUUCCGAACAUAAUUUCUUGAAUUUUUUGCUGGAUGUCAUAACGAAAUGCGCUGAAAAAGAAGCAUUUAUUCGUACAAUAACUGUCGAACUGUGUUGCGUUGUGAUCAGACAGUUGUUGCUGGCGAUGGAUGCAUCUGUGGAAACGCAGAUGGAAUGCAAAUGGCGAGCAGAUAAAGCUAAAGCAGAUAUUGUUGCUGCACUUACACCAUCUGUUCAUUCUGAAGAAUUAUUCCUGGAAAUGUUCGAAGAUGAAUUUUAUAAUUUCGAGAGGAACAAAAUUCGUGUUGGGAAUAUGAGUGUGGAUUCCGCGCUUUUGCUUCCUCCGCCAAGUACUCCAAUGAGUGGAGUUCCGCUCAACAAGCGUCUCCCAUCCGGCAACGAAGAACGCAUUCGAAGGGGCAUACAGUUGUUUUUUCAUUUGAGACGAUUUGCGCUUGAUCUGGGCGGUGAAGAGGAGCCCGAACUGCAUGCUCCACUAAAAGCCGAUGUUAUCGUUGAAGUAAACGACUGCAUCAAUCUGGUGAUUAUGAAUAAUCGAGGCGAAAGAGUUCAUCGAUUCCUUGUAACAGACCAAGCGCAACUGAUACUGGUUGAGCCGGAUAACAAGCGAAUGGGAUGGGCUGUUGUUCGUUUUGUUGGCCUUCUACAAGAUACGCAAGUAACGGGUGAUUUGGGUGACAGUCGUGCCCUUCAUAUAAUUGUUAACAACGUUGGCAGCCGUUCUUCACGAGCAAAUAAUGCUUUGUGUUUCAAUGCUAAACUGAUAUUUGAUGAUCACAUAAGAUGUAUGGCUGCGAAGCAACGCCUUACAAAGGGCAGGCAAAUAGCGCGACAGCGCAGAUUGGAUCAGAUUUGUGAUUUGCUUGGAGUUGCUAAGAAGAAUUCGGUUUGGGAAAAUAACAAGAAUCCGUUUCGUGUGGUCAAAGGUUGUCCACCUGGAUCAUUACGAAGACAGCAGCUGGGCAGUCCCAGUAGUAGCAGAUCAUCGAACAGUUCGUUGAAUAUUGUUCCGGACGAUCCUGAACAUGGUGCUGCUGGUCCAUCAACAAGCAAUAAGGAUUGGAAGACCGAAAACAUAUAA